AUGUCAUCAGACCCAUUAGUAUUAUCAUAUGGAGAUACAUCAUUGUAUCAAUCAGAUAUAGAUAUUCUAAAACAAAGAUAUCAAUGGUUAAAUGAUGCAAUCAUUCAAUUCUUUUUUGAAUACUUAUCAGAAGAAUCAUUUAAAGAAUAUUUAGAUAGAAUAUGUUUUAUGAGUGCAAGUACAGUGUUUAUGUUACACUUUAUUCAAGACGCUAGUGUCAGUGGUUUAAAAGAUAUAAUUGGUGGAUUGAAAUUAGAUUCAAAGGAUAUUGUAUUUAUACCAAUUAAUAAUAAUCAAGAUCCAAAUGUCAUUGCUGGUGGUUCACAUUGGUCUCUGUUGGUAUUUAUCAAAGCGUUGAAUUGUUAUUAUUACUAUGACUCAUUACCAAACUCUUCAGAGGGGAAUAGAGAAUGUGCAUGUUUAAUUGCAAAAACAUUGUCUCCUUUAUUACUACCACCGACGAUGAAAUGGAAUGUGUCAUCAAUGUUUAAAAUACGUCAAGCUCCCAAACAAUCAAAUGGAUAUGAUUGUGGAUUGGCUUCUUCACAAACCACCAAUGAUUCCAUUAAACACGACCCAUCUGUCAAGUAUCUUGACCAAGUCAGAGCUUUGAUUCAACUCGACAAAGCCAGGGCCACCAACCUAAAGUGCAUUGUCGUAGGCACCGACUAUCAAGACUGUACCGUUAUUAUGCUCGAGAAAGGCUCUUUGGAGUAUCGCGAUCAUAUUCGCAAUGGAAACACACCUUACGACGCCGAUCCAGAGAAAGAAGCAAAGGUAGAGAUAGAACCCGAUGGACUUAGUGGCUGUUUUCAACAUGGUGGUAUCUAUCGUCUUGGUGGCCGUAGCACCGUAUGGACACUCGAUCGUAUCCUCGAGGAUUUCCAAGUCGAACUAUCUGCUCAACUAUUGGACUCGGCCAAUUGCAAUGUCGUUUGCAUGUUUCACCAAUUAAAGUCUGACAUUGAGAAGGAAUUUGGUUCCAUUGUCAAUACCCGUCAUGCAUUUUCCAAGUAUAACAUUGAUGACGUCGUCACAAUGAUUUUACAGUUGGUAUCAACAGUCGAGAAACGCACCAUCCUCCACAACUAUACUAGUCAUGCCAUGACUGAGUUUGCCAAUGCCGUCGCUCUCUACCCAUGCAGUACCUGGGACUCAAUGCCAAAAUCCCAGUUGGUCUCAAAUAUUUUGAAUCGACCAGUGGAUCUUUCAAAAGAUGACAUAGCCUCAUUCAACGAGGUAAUCAAAUCCUGUUCCAAUCUACUCAAGUCAUCAGACGGAACAAAACAAUUCGUCAUUGACGAAAAGCAAUUCGUUCAACUUUUGCCAAAGAGACAACUGUCUCUAUUUUUGGUGACCAAACUUUCACAAACCGUAGAUGGUGGUUUUUUAGUCACAAUCAACGACGACCAAGAUCCAUUGGUUUUGGAUAACCAAACAAAACUAAUUUUAGCUACCGGUCCCUUUCCAGCUACCGACCUCAUAUUGAAAUCAUUCCCACACUUGAGUGACAUAGUCGGAAAGGAUUUCUCUUCCCAUAGCUCGUCAUCGGUCAUCUUCAGAAUCAGAAAGAACAACCACCAAACCCAAUCUCGAUUGCUUGAAUUCUUGAAAACACUAGAUGAUAACCACGACAAUAUGGAAGGGUUUUAUCUUUCAGGUGUUUUCAAGGACGGAACAAAGCCACUAAACGAAUGGCAUGCUCAGUUGUCCGUGAUUCAUCCCGGUCGCAAUGGUCAUGUCACCCAGGUGGGAUAA